UUUUGUUAUUUUUUUCUAAAAAGGUGGCGCUGGGAGCUUUUUGGACCAAUGCGGAUCGAGAAAACUAUCAGGGCGGUCUGUGCUAGACGUCAGUCAUUUGAGAGAAAAAAGAUACAGGAUCGUCGGAAGGACCUCUGUAUUGGAUCGUUUGUGCUGCUCAACGGUCAGUAAUGUCAGCUGGCUGCGACAGCGGAGCAAGACUCUCCCAGUUCAAAAACAAGGGUAAAGGCCCAAAUGAGCUGAGGCGCAGGAGAGCGGAAGUGAGCGUGGAGCUCCGAAAAGCUAAAAAGGAUGAGCAGAUAUUAAAGAGGAGGAAUGUUGAAAGCCCUGUUAAUGAACUUGCUGAAGAGCAGGACUCAAAUGGACAGCCUCAGUGGCCAGUUGAGCAAAUUGUGGAAGGCGUAUACAGUGAGAGCCUACCUUAUCAGCUGCAGGCAGUACAAGCUGCCCGAAAACUUCUUUCAAGAGGAAAGCAUCCUCCAAUUGACAGCAUAAUUAAAGCUGGCCUUAUACCGAGAUUUGUUUAUUUUCUUUCAUUAUCUGAAUGUCCUCCAAUUCAGUUUGAGGCCGCAUGGGCUCUCACAAACAUUGCCUCUGGGACUUCAGAACAAACACGAGCUGUUGUGGAAGGAGGGGCCGUUACAGCAUUUAUUAAUCUGGUGUCAUCAACACAACCACACAUCAGUGAACAAGCCAUCUGGGCUUUGGGGAACAUUGCAGGCGAUGGGCCUAACUUUAGAGACCUUGUGAUCCAACACAAAGGUCUUCAGCCUCUUCUGACUUUGGUGGCUGUUCCUGAUCUCUGUGUGUACCCAGCUGGUUACCUGCGUAAUCUUGCCUGGACUCUAUCCAACCUGUGCCGGAAUAAAGACCCCGCCCCUCCUUUAGAAGCAGUGGAGCAGCUGCUUCCAGCGCUUCUCCACCUGCUUCAUAGCAAUGACAUAGAGGUGCUGGCAGACACCUGCUGGGCUGUAUCUUACUUGACGGACGGCUCCAAUGAGAGGAUAGAAGUGGUGGUGCGUGCUGGGCUGGUGCCCCGCCUGGUCCAACUUUUAGGUUGUGGAGAUGAUGCCAUUAUGACACCUGCUUUGCGAUCACUCGGCAACAUUGUGACAGGGACAGAUGAGCAGACCCAAUGUGUACUCAAUGCAGGUGCCUUGUCUUUGUUCCCUCAAUUACUCCGUCACCACAAGCCCUUCAUCCAAAAAGAAGCAGCAUGGGCAGUGUCCAACAUUACUGCUGGCAAGCACAGCCAGAUCCAGGAGGUUAUAUAUGCCGGCCUGAUACCCAUCCUCAUAGAAAUCCUCAGAAAUGGAGAGUACAAGACACAGAAGGAGGUGGUGUGGGCGGUCACAAAUUUUACAAGUGGAGGAACUGUGGAACAAAUGGCUUACCUUGUCCAGUGCCAUGUGCUGCCAGCGUUAGUUCAACUAUUGACUUCAAAAGAUAGCAAAAUCAUUUUGAUCAUCUUGGAUGCCAUCUUCAAUAUUUUACAGAUGGCAGAGAAAACGGGGGAGGGUGAUAAACUCUGUUUAAUGUUUGAGGAGUUUGGUGGGCUUGAAAAGCUUGAAGCGCUGCAAUGCCAUGACAACGAGGCAGUCUACAAAUCGUCCCUUAACAUAAUCGAUCGUUUUUUCACUUUAGAGAAUGAAGAUGACGGGUCUCUGGCCCCUGAGGCAGCAACAGAUGGAUAUGCUUUCCAGGCACCUCAAAACCAAAGCACUUUUAAAUUUUAACACUACUACAGGCUUUGUAAUAACUGUAAUUGGUAUACUGUUUGUAUUUUUACUAUUGGAAUAUUAUUUGUUUACAUUUUACUAAUUGCAAAUAAAUGUUAAUGGGCGUUUUAA